CUGUCAACGACUCUGUCUUUCCCGAAACUACGACUCGUGAGGGCUCCAAAUAAUCCGAAAUUUCAGCAAAACUCUCGAAAAUUAUGGUAUUCCCAUUACGUGCAUUAACUGCAGGAUCUCGUUACGUAUCAGGAUACAGAUUCCUCUUGUUGGCACGAAAUUCAGCUGUGAGACAUCCCAAAAAUGUAAGAUUUUUGUCAGUUACGCCUCCGGGACCUCCCAAGAAGGAAGAAACUUUCGAUGAUUUCCGUGUUCGUGAAGAAAAACGGGAACAAGAGUUCGAAAAUGCCUUCGCCAAAGAGCAAGAAGCAUCACAAAAGCAAGAAAAACAGUCCCAUGAGGAAAAAGAAGACUCCGAUGACACCGUCGAGAUCAGAAAUAAAAUUCUUGAAGCAGCUUUGAAUUACGUUCCGCAACACGGAUGGAGCAAAACUUCAUUAGCGCACGGCGCCGAGCAAGUCGGAUACCCAAGUAUCGCUCAUGGGAUGUUUUCACGAGGCGGCGUCGAAAUUGUCGAGUACUUAAAUGCAAAAUUCAACAAAGAUCUCAUCGAUGAAAUGUUAAAAAUGAGCGCCGAAGAAGGCAAAUACGACACGCCGACGAAAUUUGUUGCAAAAGCUGUCGAAUUGCGACUUCGCAUGCUCGAGCCUUAUAAAGAUAGUUGGCCACAAGCUUUAGCUUUGAUGGCGUUGCCACCGAAUGUUCCCGUUUCGUUGUCGAAUCUCCUCACGAUGGUCGAUGAUAUUUGUUAUUAUGCCGGAGAUCGAUCUGUGGAUUUCAAUUGGUACACUCGUCGCAUUGGAUUGGCGAGCAUUUACAAAGCAACUGAAUUUUUCAUGCUUCAGGAUAAGUCGCCGGAUCAUCAAAAGACAUGGAAUUUUUUGGAGCACAGAAUUAGCGAUGCGAGCAAGAUGCAAGAUUUCCUCAAACACUCUGAGGGACUCACCAAAGGCAUUCAACAAACGGGAAAAAGCAUAUUUGAUACCGCUCGUAACAUCUUGGGCAUGAACUUUGAUAGAAGUCGAAGGUGAAAAAUUCACACAAAAAAGUCAGUUACUGUUGCAAAAGAGACUCUCAUUGACUGAGAUGUUAGGACUGUGUACUCAAAGUCUGUAGAAAUUUACUUGGAU